GAGCAGGAGCAGGAGCGGAGGCCGGGCCGGGAAGAACCCCAGAGAUGAAAGGCCUUCUCACGCUGGCUUGGUUCCUGGCUUGUAGUAAGUGCUGGCCCCAUGACCUCUGAACCUGUGACCUUCCACCCUUAGGAAUAAUAGGGUAGUGGAGAGGAGGCCAGUCUUUGAGGUCAUAGAGACUCGAGUUUGAACAUCAGCUCUGCACUUACUGUAUACUCGUCUGCAAGAGCCUUUUCCUCUCCGAGCCUCUGUUUCUUCCUCUGUGACAUGGGAUGAUAUUCAGUUGACUGGUGGGGCUACUGUAGCAUGAUUCUAGGUGGUGAUGGGUAAAGGUUGUGCUAUGUGGGCAAUACGUGGCUUGCAAAUGUGGGAGGCUUUUUUUUUUUUUUUUUUUUUUUUUUUUUUUUUUUUAACGUUGGUCCAAAACAAAAGAAAAUAAAGCCCAAAUGAAAACAAGACCCUUAUAUAACAACUCCAUCCCCUGGUUUCUGGGUCAUUCUCUGCUGACGCCGACCUGGGUUUUAUGCACGCCCCACCUGCUGUCCCCUCCCAAAUGGAGGUGACCGCACAGCACAGGGGGGUCCCAUAACCAUGCCCACAGCCCCUGCCAGGCUGUCCUAAUCUUUGACAUCUUGCCAGAUCCCUGGAGACCGAGGGAGGGCGGGAGGCCUAGAGCAGAGAGGGGAGGCCUCUGGUUCACUGUGAAACCCAAACCUUUCCCUCCAAACUACUGUUUCCCAAUCCGUAAGGCGAGGGAGCUGGCUUCAAUGAUCUUGGAGGAUCCCACCCUGCUCUAAGGUUCUGUGCCUUACGUUCCAAAUGGUGUUCUUUGCGGGGAGGGAGGUGUGCAUCGGCAGGAGACAUGGGAAGCACCUGUCUUCCCGCUUCGUACAGACACCAUAUUAAUUACACCGGAUAUCUCUUAGUCACUCACUGUGUGUCUGCCACUGUGCUCAUAACUUACAUCCUUUCUCUCAUUUGAAUCCUCAGGAUGACUCCAAAAGGUGUGCCUGCUGUGCCAGGGGGCUUGCUGGACCUCAAGUCCAUGAUUGAGAAGGUGACCGGAAAGACCGCCCUUACGAACUACGGCUUCUACGGCUGUUACUGUGGUUGGGGCGGUCGGGGGACCCCCAAGGACGGCACCGAUUGGUGCUGCUGGGUGCAUGAUCACUGCUACGGGCGGUUGGAGGAGAAAGGCUGCCACAUCCGGACACAGUCAUACAAAUACAGAUUUGCACGGGGACUGGUCACCUGCGCCUUUUGGAGUGCGUUCAGUCCCCUUUUACACGUGAGGAAACUGAAACUCGAAGGCUUGCCAGGGCACGCAGCUGGAGUUGGGAUUCAAGCUCAGAGCUCGGGCCCCUCUGCCAAGUGCAGCUCUGUGCCUGUGACCGGAAGCUCGUCUACUGCCUGAAGAGGAAUCUGAGGAGCUAUAAUCCUCGUUACCGAUACUUUCCCAACAUCCUCUGCUUCUAGUGGCCCUCGGUGAGCUCCUUGCUCCCUUCUCCUCCCACACGGAGCUCACCGACUCCCCUGGGUUUCCGAGAGAGGCUCGCAGUCCUGGACCUCCUUCUCUCUCCAUGGUCCACGGGGCUUGGUGGAGCCCCACGGCCACACUCCACGCUCCAGAGAGUCCCAGGAGAAUGACUCUGGUCCCAGGACCCUGCAAGGUCCACUUGUGAGGUGGGCUCGCCCCAAGCUCCAGGCCGGCUGUCUUCCCGCUUGCCCUGAAGACAGCGCCCCUUCUCCAGGAAGAUACAUUUACUUUGCAGUUUCUGUAGUCGGACUAUCACUACCACCCUCUAGAGAAUUUUUACUCAAGGUAGAAGCAAAAUUGACCCCCUAAUUCUGCCAUAGAGAUGUUUGAAAACAUUAUUCUUUACAAAGA